CUCGCAGGCGGAACAGCGGCGACGAGCCGAGUUUUCCGAGUUCGCGAGUUUUCCGUGCAGGGUACUCUGGCAGUGGCGUGCAGAAGAGUGCGAACAUAGCAUGAAGAAGCCUAUCCGCCUAAUGCACUCUCUUCUCAGUGGAUUUCCUUAGAACAAACACACUUUGCGCAGACUAUUCGGAACUUUGCUCUUCAACAACCAAGUCCACGCACACACAGGAGUCUCCAAGGGAAAUCCUAAAGGAAUACUUGCCGAACUAAGUCCAGCUUACCGACCAGGCAGGACUCAGGACCCAGCAACCGAGACCCAGGAGUGCAUCGCAUCGUGCGGAAGCGGAGGACCACAGCCAGGCGCAGCCACGCCCCUAGAGCCCCCAGAGCCACCAGAGCCACCAGAGCCACCAGAACCACCAGAACAACAGCCCAAAGAUGGCGGCUUUCAUAGCUAAGCAGAUGGUUGGAAACCAAUUAAGUGCCGUUAAAGAUGCUGCAGGCGGAGGUGAUGGAGGCGAUGAUGGCGACGACAAGGAAAAGGCAGAGGAGGAGGAGAGGGAGCGUCAGGAGGCCAUCAAGGAGGCCGAGGACCGGCGCAAGGAAAAACACCGAAAAAUGGAGGAGGAGCGCGAGAAGAUGAGGCAAGACAUUCGCGAUAAGUACAACAUCAAGAAGAAGGAGGAGAUCGUGGAGGCGGCCCCACAAGAAGAGCCGAACCCCCUGAUGCGGAAAAAGAAGACGCCCGAGGAACUCGCUGCUGAGGCAGAGCAGGAAGAGCUAGACGAUUUUACAAAACUGAAAAAUCAAAUAGAAACGCAAGUAAAUGAGCUAAAAACUCAAAUAGAGGGAAAAUGUGUCAUGCAGUGAUAUGUCAGUCACCAUAAUAACAGAUAAAUAAAAAUUAUGAUAAAAUACAAAUAAUACUGAUAACAUAGCCCAUCAAUGGCAAUUGAUUUAACUCGACUUGAAAUUUAAUUUGUUAAUAUGAGAUCAGUUAAGUUACAUGGGAACCAUAAACAGAACGAUUUAAAACUACUGCGAAUCUAGAGCCUAAUAAAACUUUACCCGGCAGCAACAUAACGCCUCUUAAACACAACAUCCCAAAAU